UUGUAUUUGUCUUACCGUGUAACAAUAACGUAAUAGCAUUGACUAAUUGUAAGGACAGUUCUGUACGUCUGUAAUCUGUGAGUCAGUACCUCGUCGGUUGACCCAUGCAAUAAUAGGUUUAUGUAUUCUGUAUUCUGUACCUCAUGAGUGAUUAUAUAACCAUGUUGAUUGAAUAAUAAAUUAAUUUGUAUUCCUAUAAAUGAUAAAAAGAUAUAGAUAGAAAGAUUACAUAGGAGACUUUAAUAUUGAACUUUUGCAAGGCUUUAUUCUUAAAGCUAUUUCAUUAAUCUGAAUUAAUCAUUAAUCUGAAAAGAAAAAAUAAUGUUUGAACAAGUAGUGCAAGCCUUGGCAGCAGGUAGAGUUGUAUUAGCCAGUGGAUCUCCUAGACGAUAUGAAAUAAUGAAGCAAUUGGGUAUAAAUGUAGAAGUAGUAUUAUCUAUGUAUGAUGAAAAUUUAGAUACACUUGGAUAUAAAAAUUUUGGUGACUAUGUACAAGACUUGGCAAAAUAUAAAGUGCAAGAAGUAUAUGACAGAUUAAACACAGAUGUUACGCCACCUUCCUUAAUAAUUGGUGCAGAUACUUUGGUUACAAUGGGUGAUGUCAUUUAUGGUAAACCAAAGAAUAACUUACAUGCAUUUGAAAUGUUAUCAAGUUUAGCAAAUAGGGAACACAUAGUUUACACUGGAGUAUGUUUAAAAACGCCAAAGAAAGAAGUAAAUUUUUAUGAAUCUACAAAAGUAAAAUUUGGUGACAUAUCAGAAAAACAGAUAUGGGCAUAUAUAAAAUCGGGGGAACCAUUAGAUAAAGCUGGAGGUUACGGCAUACAAGGUCUUGGCGGUUGUUUAAUUGAAAAAAUAGAUGGUGAUUUUUAUACAGUAAUGGGCUUGCCAUUGUAUUCAUUGACAAAACAAUUAAAUGAAAUGUUUGGUAAUAACUAACAUGAAAAAAUACAUAUUGUUAAUGAAUAAUUGAUUUCAUAAUAAAUGUAUAAAAAACAGGA